AUGGCGCCUAAGAAGAAGGUUGUCGUUGAAGAGGAUGAUGACGAGCUUGCCCUUCUAGAUGAGUUCAAUACGGCUCGAGGUGCCGUGAUAGAAACCAAAACCGAAGAUGUUUCGAAAUCGAAGAAGAAGAAAGCUGGUGGCAAGAAGACCAAGGUGGAUGACGAUGAAGACAUCGACGAACUACUUAAGGAUCUCAAUGAACUAAAUGCAAAGGGUAAGCAGGAUGCGGAGCAAGCAGCUACGGUGGCGCCUCCCGCGCCGGAACCUGAUGCAGCAGGUGAAGAUGAAAAGGAUGACGCAGCGGAGGGAGGGCAACCCUCUGCGAAGUCUCUGAAAAACAAACUAAAGAAGGAAAAAAAGAAACAGGCCAAGCUUGCGAAGCAAGAGGGAGAAGGCGAACAGGAGAAGGCAGCGGAGACUGCUAAGAAACCUAUCUCACUAGCCGCCAGGCUGGCAGCGGAGCGCCAACGACAGUUGCAAGAACUCGAAGAAAAGGCGCGCCAGGAGGAGGAGCAGCGACGGUUGUUAGAGGAGGAAGAACGCAGGAAAGCAGAGGAGGAGGAGAAGCAGCGGUUGGCAAUGCUGGAAAAGAAGCGCCAGCAGCGUAAGGAGAAGCGCGAACGGCAGAAACAGCAGGGCAAACCAAUGACACUCAAAGAAAAAAUGGCAGCGGAAAUGAAGAAGAAGUUCCUUGAACAGUUGGCAAAGGAAGGUGCAUUGGAUAACAAGCAAGAUGACGAAGCCAAGCGACAACAACCAUCGCAAACAUACCGCAAAAAGAAGACUGUCAAAGCAGAGGAGGUAGAGCAGGUGGAAUCUGAGAAACAAGAGGAGCAAGUGGAACAAGAACCCAGCCCCUCGUCAUCGGAGUCUGAAGAUACACCGUCGUCCAGCGAUUCGGAGGAUGUUGUGGACAACUGGGAAGAGAUGGACAUCGAAAAUGAGGAGAAGCAGGAGAAAAGGGUGAAAGAGACGGUGAAAGAGGUCGCAAAACCUAUUUCGGCACCAACGCCGAAGGCGGUUAGGACAAAGGUGGCGAAACCGGUGGAAUCCGAAGACGAUGAGAGCGAGUACCGAUCCCCGAUUUGCUGUGUACUGGGUCACGUCGAUACCGGUAAAACCAAGCUGCUUGACAAAAUCAGGCACAGCAAUGUCCAAAAUGCCGAGGCAGGUGGUAUCACGCAGCAGAUUGGUGCCACCUUCUUCCCGAAAGAGAUGCUCAAUAAGCACUGCGACAUGGUGAACCCCGAGUUUAAAGUGAAGAGCCCUGGGUUGCUGAUCAUUGACACACCGGGUCACGAGUCGUUUAACAACCUGCGUGCGCGUGGAUCGUCACUCUGUGACAUCGCGGUGCUGGUCGUCGAUAUCAUGCACGGUCUCGAACCGCAGACUAUCGAAUCCAUUGGGCUACUUAGGGCGCGCAAGUGCUACUUCGUCAUCGCGCUGAACAAAAUCGACAGGCUGUACAAAUGGGAACCCACGCCAUGGGCGACGUUCCACAAGACAUUUGAUAAGCAGCUCGACCACACCAAGGCCGAAUUCUUCGAGCGCGCGAAGAAAAUAAUGCUGGAGCUGUCGGAGCAGGGUCUCAACAGCGAAUUCUACUGGGAAAAUGACGACGUCAGGCGCAACAUCUCAAUAUGUCCCACCAGUGCCAUCACAGGCGAAGGCAUUUCCGACCUCAUCUGCCUGAUGCUUCAGCUGACGCAGAAAAUCAUGGUCAAAAAUAUUACCCACAAGGAAGAGUUCCACUGCUCAGUGCUCGAGGUGAAGGUUAUAGAGGGUCUAGGUACGACUGUGGACGUUAUACUGCUCGGCGGUACCAUCAGAGAGGGUGACAAGGUGGUGCUAUGUGGUCUGUCCGGCCCCAUCGUUACCACUAUUCGCACGUUGCUAACCCCGCAACCCCUGGCUGAGCUGCGUGUGAAGGGCGAGUACCAGAAACACACAAGCAUCAAGGCGGCAAUGGGUGUGAAAAUAGUUGCGCAGGGUCUAGAGGAGACGGUGGCAGGAACGGAAAUGCUACUGGUGGAAAACGAGGAUGAUAUCGACAAACUCUGCGAGGACGUCAUGCAGGAUAUCUCCUCCAUUUUCGACAAUGUGGACCGCACGGGAGUGGGGGUGUAUGUCAUGGCAUCAACGUUGGGGUCAUUGGAAGCCCUAUUGCAGUUCCUCACCGAUAAAAAAAUCCCCGUAUUUGCGGUGAACAUCGGAACGGUGCAGAAGAAGGACGUCAAAAAGGCGUCAAUCAUGAGGGAGAAGGGACACUCGGAAUACUCCGUCAUCCUCGCCUUCGACGUCAAGUGCGCCGCCGAGGCUGAAAAGGAAGCGCAGACCCUCGGCGUCAAAAUUAUGUCCGCAGACAUCAUCUACCAUUUGCUGGACUCAUUCGUCAAGUACCUGGAGGAGACCCAAGAGCAAAAGAAGCAGGCGCGUAUUUCGGAGGUGGUGUUCCCGUGUGAGCUUACUAUUCUACCGCACUGCGUGUUCAACAAAAAGGACCCUUUUGUUUUCGGAGUACACGUCGACAACGGUAUUCUGAAGGCGAACACGCCCCUGGUCACCAUUGCAAAGGGGUCACUGCUCACGCUCGGCAGGGUUGCGAGUAUGGAGCACAACAAGAAGCCUGUUGACAAGGCUGUGAAGGGGCAGGAAAUAUGCAUCAAGGUGGUCGGGGAGCCCAAUAUCGCCUACGGCCGGCACUUCGAUUGCAACGACCGAGUCUACUCGCGCAUCACCCGCGACUCCAUCGACGUGCUCAAGGAAUACUUCAGGGACGAAAUGACAAACGACGCUUGGAAGUGUGUAAUCCACCUUAAGAAGGUGUUUAAUAUCCUAUGA